CCAGCAAACCCACUAGUGUAUGUGGCACUGUAGUUGCAGGAGGUAUUUGUCCAGAAUAUUUUUGACACUCAUGCAUCACUCGAGAUGUUUGCCGCAGCCACUAAGAACUUUGUGAAGCAGGUUGGAGACACGGGGAGGUUGAUCCCCGUCCCGAGCCUGAGCGAGGCCGACCGCUACCAGCCCCUCAGCCUGGUCACCAAGAAGAGGAAGAGGCAUUUCUGGAAGAAGAACAAAUGCGCCUCAACCCCUUUCUCACUGAAAGACAUCCUGGUAGGGGAGAAGGAGAUCACGGCAGGAGUGUCGUCCUAUCAGCUCCUCAACUAUGAGGACAAAUCUGACCUGGCUCUCAACGGUCGACUGGGAAACCACAUCAUCAACGAUGUGGGGUUCAACAUCAGCGGGUCCGACUCUGUGGCCGUCAAAGCCUCCUUUGGCAUCGUGACCAAACACGAGUUGGAGGUGCCCACGUUACUGCGGGAACUCAACUCCAGGAAAGUGGACCUGGAUCACUGUCUGGUUCGUCAAUCCAGAGAGAGCGGACGGAGCAUUCUCUGUGUCGUCGUGGAGAGCAUCCGCACCACACGCCAGUGCUCUCUGACGGUUCACGCCGGGAUGAGAGGGACUACCAUGAGGUUUCAGAUCGACGACGGCAGAAACCCAAAAGGUCGAGACAAGGCCAUCGUCAUCCCGGCUCACACCACCAUCGCCUUCAGCAUCUGCGAGCUGUUCGUUCGACUGGACGGGCGGCUCGAUAUUUGUGUUGCCCCGGAGUCUCAAGGGGGCUUUGAGAGGGAGCAGAACUCUACUUUCACUUUACUUUCCCCAUUCACCUCCACUUGUAUAGAUGACCGGACAUUUGAAGAGCUCACCCACUCUGACACCUACAUGGACGACAUGGUGACCGACUACUACGAGAAAGCCGCCAGCAUGACGGACGUGUCCACCGCCUACCUGAGGGAGAGCUCCCACACACGCGUCAACCUCCUCAAGCACAACAUCCCUAAGGGCCCCUGCGCGCUGUGCGGCAUGGGAAACCAGAAGCGGGAAACCGUUUACGGCUGUCUGGAGUGCUCGACUGGGGGCCAAAAAUAUGUCCGGUUGCACGUGGUGCCCUGUUUUGAUCUCUGGCACAAAACGCUGAGGUGA